CGCAACACAUCACAUCACAUCACAAAGAUGUAAGACACAGACGGCCUAGGCUUAGCCAGUCAGCCGGUGUCACAUGAAAAAAGGACCAGGACCAUCCCUAUCGGACGGCACCCACUCACACACAUACAAUUAUGCAUCCCCGAACAUGAACCCAGCCCCACUUGAUCAAAGAAACGGCCCCCUGGGCCUCCAUCUGCCGUCGAUGGCUCAGUCGUCGUCUCCUCCCGCCAGGAAGAGAUGGCUCAGGGCGUCUACGGCGGUCAUGCGGGAGGCGGGAGGGCACACCAACCUGACACACACACAGGCAGAGACAACACACAAAAGAAUGAGACAUUGGAUGCAGAUUGCUAUCUGUCUGUUCUGCUUACCUGGCCAUGAAGGCGAUAAAUUGGUAGAAGUGUAUGUCGUUUUCCUCCUCCAUGAGGGGCGCCUUCGAGUCUUUCUGGUGCAGCAGCACAUGGGCUGUUAGGCGUCUGAUGAUGGCGCCGGUGCUCGACCCACGGGCAUCCGGCAGCUCCAUGCCAAUCUGCGAAGGACGUCGGCGAUCCCCGGCCACUCCCCCUCCCUCGGCACGCCCAUGACGCUGAAGAUGUCUUGAAGCAUGUGACGAGCAUCA